AUCAUGGCUGUGGGAAAGAUCAUCUUCUACGAGGACCGGAACUUCCAGGGCCGCUCCUACGAGACCGGCAGCGACUGCUCCGAGCUCACCUCCCACCUGAGCAGGUGCAACUCCUGCAGGGUGGAGAGCGGCCUCUUCGUGGUCUACGAGAAGGCCGACUUCGCGGGCCAGCAGGUGCUGGCGAGGCGGGGCGAGUACCCCGACAACCAGCGGCUGAUGGGCAUGAGCGUGAGCGACUGCAUCAGGUCCAGCCGCACGGUGCCCGCGCACAGAGGAGCCUUCAGGAUGAAGAUCUACGAGAAGGAGAACUUCGGGGGCCAGAUGCACGAGCUGAUGGACGACUGUGACAACAUGAUGGAGCGCUUCCGGAUGUCCGACUGCCAGUCGUGCAGCGUGGUGGAGGGCCACUGGCUGAUGUUCGAGCAGCCCAACUACCGGGGCAAGAUGCUGUACCUGAGGCCGGGAGAGUACAGGAACCCCCGGGAGAUGGGGAUGAGCGACAUGACCAGGUUCAGCUCCAUCAGGCGCAUCACAGACUCCUGUUAA